CCUUUGUGCAAGAAACCUAAAGCUUAAAAUCGUCACUUGGUUCAUCUCUUUCUCUCUUGCAUGCAUUUCGUUAUCCAUAUAUCAAGAGAUUUCUUAAAGGUAUCUUUGCAAUGGGUGACAGUCAGUACUCUUUUUCUCUCACCACGUUCAGCCCUUCAGGGAAGCUGGUUCAGAUAGAACAUGCCUUAACAGCUGUCGGAUCAGGCCAAACAUCUCUGGGAAUUAAAGCUUCAAACGGAGUUGUCAUUGCAACAGAAAAGAAACUGCCCUCUAUUCUUGUCGAUGAAGCGUCUGUUCAAAAGAUUCAGCAUUUGACUCCCAACAUUGGAACUGUUUACAGUGGUAUGGGUCCUGAUUUUCGUGUUCUUGUGCGAAAGAGUAGGAAGCAGGCGGAGCAAUAUCUCCGAUUGUACAAAGAACCCAUCCCUGUUACUCAACUUGUAAGGGAAACUGCCACGGUGAUGCAAGAGUUCACUCAGUCAGGUGGUGUUAGGCCGUUUGGAGUUUCUCUACUGGUGGCUGGGUAUGAUGACAAGGGUCCACAACUGUAUCAGGUGGAUCCAUCUGGCUCUUAUUUCUCAUGGAAAGCUUCGGCAAUGGGAAAGAAUGUUUCGAAUGCAAAGACGUUUCUUGAAAAGAGGUACACAGAAGAUAUGGAACUUGAUGAUGCCAUUCACACGGCAAUAUUGACAUUGAAGGAAGGUUUUGAGGGAGAAAUCUCGAGCAAAAACAUUGAGAUCGGCAAAAUAGGUGCUGACAAAGUUUUCAGGGUACUAACACCAGCAGAAAUUGAUGAUUACUUAGCUGAAGUCGAGUAAUCUUUCACUUAACCGUGCAACAAUCCCGGAUUUGAAUUUCAGCAUUUUUUUUUUUUUUUUCUGGCUAGUUGCACAGAGUUAUGGUUCUUGCUUCUGUAAAACUUUUGGAAUUUGUUAAGACUCUUAACCCGAUUUAGAAUCUGUUUAUUCACUC